AUGGAUUGGAGAAGCAUCGGCACCUCCUUUGUGCCAUCUCUAGAGGAGAAGCCUUCCCGCACAUCGGCACAGCCACUGCCCUUACUGGAAGACAAUGGCAACGACAAGCCUCCUACGUAUUCCAGAUGGCAGUACGUGGUCGGUGUUGCGUCGGAAGAUCAAAGCGUAUUGCUCCAGAAACUAGAGGAGUCCAAGGAAGGCAGCGUGAGAGGGGGGAACCGCCAUGCGCAGCCUCUAGCGAUUCUUGACACAACCACACCAAAGGCCCGGUAUUACGAGAACCAGGUAUGUUGGAGCGAUGAAAAUGGCGUCAUAAAAGAAAGGAUAAAAUCUUUCAAGGAACUGACGUUAGACCCAACAGUGGCACCCUCGCUGGACGCAUGGCUCAGAUACAUAAGGGCAAAGGCCGGUGAACUUGUGCUGAAAUUGCAAGGCAACAAAACAAACGUGCCUGAAUGUAUGCUGACUAGACUGAACAUAGCACAGGAGCUUGAGGUUGCUGCCCAAAACUGCGAACUCCUCCACAAAAUGAGUGGGAUCGUGAAACUGACAGGGAAUGUGGAGUGGUGCGGCGUACAAGACACCGCUGGCAUAGCGUACAUGUUUAUCCUCAUUUUAUUUUAUAAAAAGAUGUUAAUCCCCACGUUCGACGACGUGCUGGAUACGGUUAAAUGGAUAAAGACGUGGUCCAACGACUACCUAAGGGUUGAUCAACUCAGGCACGAGCUAACCACCCAUACCCACCAGUUGGUCUCAACGGAACCUGUAUAUUGGGAAUAUAUGUCUGGAAUAGUUAUUCAAACCCCCAUGGAGCAUGGUCGAUUCCUCAAGGUGACAUCGGUGUUCUUCAAUCAUCUUAGCCGAAUGGCGGAUAUGGAUAUUGCGCCCAGAGGCAAAAUUGAAAAAUCAAUCGUCGUGCUACUAACUGAAUGUUUUAUACCACGUCUCCUAGCGUCUGGGCAUCAUGAUGUGGCUGUCAACGUGAUCAGACAUUGGUUGGCACAUAAUAUGCUCGGCAGCAACUCUUGCGACGUCUUCGCUAACAUCUCCAAACACUACCUCCUGCACAGCUUGAGCAUAGUGCAGCGCCAGUGUAAUUUGGAUAAAAGCGCCUUAAUGGAUCUGUGCGACGCUGUGGAUGCGUUUUUGAAGGAAACUGGGCAAAGCCAGCAAGUGGAAUUAGGGUACCUGAAAUCGCUUGAUUACUGUCAGGUGGAUCCUGUCGAUGUUGUACAGUUGCCCAUAAAGCCGUUUAAACUAUGUAACGAUCAUGCUAAUGAGUUAUUGUUUAGAAUACUGGAACUAUUCGGAAGCGAAUCCGUUGACCGAGUCCCAAGCAACAGCAGGUGGUACAAUUUCGUGAAGAGUACGGUAGUUAACACCCGCUGUGCCAAAACGUUCCGUACGCUUUUAUUAAUGCAUGCUAUGGUUGUGACACCAGAAGUGAAAAUAUUUUGGUGUCUACUGAUGCGUGCUUGUCAACGAAAAGAUAUAUCCAAGAAAAUACUGCAGCUAAAUAUGAAGGACCCUGAUCUUUGGGCAACAUAUGCGGCCAUCACUACCACCGUGUCAGAAGCCAAAGUCGUAUACGAGGAAGCAGUGGGGGUGUUUCCGAACCACUUUCCUCUUCUGGUGGCGUGGUUAAUGUUCUGCUUGGAACAUGAUAGAGAAAAUGCGGAUGGAGCCCUAACCUCCCUGAAGAGAGAAUUGGAUAGUAGAUGUGGAACCCAAACAAGUGCUCCCGAACAUGAGAGCGCACAAAGUAAUGCGCUUGGUGCUAUCAGCCCGUCCAGGGCUUGCGCUACUGUGCUGGUGUGGAUGCUAGGCAAUAGGGGCCGCCUUCACGAAAAGCGUUGCAUAGCCGAAUUUAAAUCAAUGGUUUUCGUUUUAAGUGAAUAUGACGUUGGGGUUGUGCUUAGGGCUGCUUGCUUGUGUAUGCCGCCAAAAAUUGCGCAACAACUUGCCGAGCCCAUAGUGAGAACGUACCCAAACAACGAAACCAUCACCGCCCUGUACGUAGAACACUGCAUCGCAAGAGUAGACAAACCAGCAAUACUUCGACUAGUUUCUGACUAUUUAGUGAGGCCACUGAUUUCCAUGGCUACGAAGCACAUGGCGCAGUUUGCGGAUUGCUUACGGAACAAAAACUAUGACGGUGGAAUCAGGCUCAUGCUGCUGUGCAGGGUUGAUUUGAGUGGGAACGUGCUAAGGUCAAUUAUUGAGGAGCCAAUGCCGUUCAAGCUGCCUAGCGUCCGGAUUCUUCUGCACGCUCUCAAAAGCACUGCAAGGACUUGCGACACGGUACAACUCGUGGCAAAACAUUGUGCCUUCUCCAAGGCACUAUGGUUAAUCCUCGCUGAACAUCUCCCGGCAUCUAGCAACAUUAUUGAGGAAGAUAUGAAAGCAAACGGCAUAAAACUAUAG